CUCUCAUUCACUACCUCGCCCACUCACUCUCAACUCACGCCAACAUGGUCGACACAUACGCAACAAAAGGCCUUCCGCCCCCACCCGCCGUCUCAAAGACGACGCUGCCCAUGGCCGGGCUCCUCGUCGAUGUCUACGGCCUCGCCGAACUGCCCUCCGGCUCCACCGCCGGUGCUCCGGCCCCGGGCCCGGUGACCUGCCUGUGGCUCCUCCACCCCCGCCUCCGCACCCGCGGCCGGAUGCAUGACAUCGCCAGCCGGACCCUGGCCGCAUGGCACGCGCGCGCGGGCUCGCAGACCCGCGGCCUCAUCGCGCUCUGUUUCGACAUGCCCAACCACGGCUCGCGCCUCGUCAGCGAGCAGGCCAACCUGGCGUGGGACGACGGCAACGCCAGCCACGCGCUCGACAUGCUCGCCAUGGUCAAGGGUGGCUGCGCCGACAUGCGCGGCCUGAUGGACCUGGUCGCGGGCUAUCUCGGCCGGGAUGUCGAUGCCCAUGUGUGUCUGGGGUGGAGUCUGGGCGGCCAUAGUGCUUGGCAGGCCUGGGUUGGCGAGGAGAGGAUAGAUGCCGCCGUGGCGGUUGUGGGAUGUCCCGACUUUAUGGGCCUCAUGAAGGACCGCGCUGCAUCAUCUGAGCUCGACUGCGGCGCCUCAAUCCUCGGCAGCAAGUACUUCCCCCCAGAUGUCAUCGCCGCCUGCCGCACCCAAGAUCCGAAGGCCAUCCUCUUCGGCACCUCCGCCGUGCCAACCUUGCCGCUCCCUACCACGGAGCAGGCCCGGCUACGACCACUGCUCGACGCGCGCGUGCGAGGGAAGCGACUGCUGCUAUGCUCGGGCGCCGAAGAUAAGCUGGUGCCGUAUGUCAACGGCCAGCCGCUGAUCGAGGUGCUGAAGGAGGCGGUCGGCGGAGAGGGAUGGUAUAGAGAGGGCAAGGUGGUUCUGGAGGAUCGUGUGUAUGAGGGCGUGGGACAUCGGUUCAGUGCGGCCAUGGUGGAGGAUGCCGUGAGGUUCUUGGUUGAUGCUGUGGAGGCGGGACCGAGGGGGAGGAGAGAGGAGAAGCUGUAGAGAUCGAAUAGACUAUG